AUGGCGACAAUAAUCCCAGCGAUGCCUCCGCCAAAAGGCCAAGAGCCAGACUUCUACGGCCGUACACCUCUUCAGCAGAAGUUCAUUUUGACGUAUUCAUGCACUUUCGCUGCGGCUUUCGUCUUUCUGGGAUUACGCCUGUACACGAGGGGAUGUAUCACGAAGAAAUUCGGCUGGGAUGACCUCGCCAUUGUGCUUGCUAUGGUCUUCUCGAUUGCGUUCUUUGCUCUCUGCGUCGUGUGCAUGAAUUAUGGCUUUGGAAGGCAUAUGUGGGAUACACCAGCUACGGCAAUGAAUAUGUAUCUCAAGCUUUUGAUAGGCAUUGUUAUCACAUAUAUCUGGUCGCCAAUGCUGACAAAAUUCUCCAUUCUCAUUCUGUAUCACCGAGUUAAUCCAAACAAAUGGUUCCGGAUUUGCGUCUACAUAAUUGCCUUCAUCAUCACCGCAUAUAGUCUCGCCACCAUCUUCAUCGUUGGCGCCGGAUGCCAACCCACCGAUGCUUCCAACGGAAACUGUCUCAACCAACUUGCUCUAUGGCAGGCAAUUCUUAAUAUUGUUACCGACUUUGCCAUGAUGGUAAUGCCGCUUCCGAUGUUAUACAAGCUACAGAUGCCACUUCUACAGAAGAUGGUACUGGGUUUUGUAUUCAUGGUUGGCUCCAGCGUCGUCUUCACAUCCAUUGUCAGGAUCACCUACAUAAUGCACCUCCAAAACAAACCCGACAUAACCUACUACGAAGCUACCGCCUGUGUCUGGUCUAGCAUCGAGCUGAACUUUGGCGUCAUCUGCAAUUGCCUCACGGUCCUCAAGCCCUUUGCUAAGCGGCACCUCCCCGGGCUCUUUUCGUCCCUCGAUGCUUCAAAUUCGAAAUCCGGCUCUCAUCCACUCUCCUUUUUUGGUCGCUUUCGCAGUAAGCAGGAUCCGGCGUCGAGUGGGUUCAAGCUGAGCUCAAUGAACGGUGGGACACAGACUGGAAAAGGGGAGAUUGUGGUCACGAGCACAUAUCGGGUUGAAGGGAAGAAGGGGAGAGAUAUUGAGAGCGAGAGUAUGGAGGAUAUGAUUACUCCCUUUGAGGCGAGGACGGAGCAGAGGACUGAGGAUUGGAAAAAUGUGUAG